AUGCCAAAAGGAAUGAUGAGAAAUGAAUCCGAGACAACAUAUAAAUCUUCACCAUAUAUGCUCGAAAACAUACAAUGUCCACAAGGAUCAGUGCCUAUCAGACGGGCUAGCAGGAAAGAUCUGAUAAUGGCAAAGCAAAUAAAGUCUCUGGGAUUUAAUCAUCCAACAAAUACUCAUGCCAAGACCUCUGAAAUUGAUAUAGGAGGCCAUCAUGUUCGUAACAUAUUCGAUGAAAACUUUGUUAAUCAAUAUCUAUAUCCAGAUGGGAGCAGACUUUAUACCUAUUGGACUGAUUAUGGUACCAAAAAUUGGUUGUUGAUGUUUUUUGAUGAAUACGUUGGUUACUGGCCAAAAGAAAUAAUAAGUAAUAUGGCUGGAGGUGGAGAUCAUAUUUCAUGGGGAGGUGAGGUUUACAGCAUCAUAACAGAGCUUAGCCCUGCAAUGGGGAGUGGUCAUUUCCCACCAGAAUGUUGGGGGAAAGCAGCAUAUGUGGAUGAGAUUCAAGUUAUUCGAAAUGGACCUUCAGAAUAUAAAGAUCCAAAUAAGCAUUCACUUAAAUUCUAUGCAGAUGCAACUCAUUGUUAUGAUGUUAAAGAAGGCGUAAAUCAGGAUAGCCAUUAUAUUUUAUUGGGGGUCCUGGAAAUUGUACAUUUCUAA